CACGAAUUACUAUCACCAGCCCUCAGCCAAUACUUGGCAGACCACUAAAUCACUACAUUUUGAGUCCCAGUUUGCACUGUUUAGAAUAUGCAUGCAUCUUGAUUACGAGAGCUUGCCCCCUUGUCAUUCUGUGCAUUAUUAUACGGCGAUUGCAGACGGCUUGAGCAACCACAGCAUCUUGGCUGGCGAAAGAUCAGGUUAUGAAGCUCUCAUAGACUAUCAUGGCAAUCAAUCACUCUUUAAUUCCGUCCUCGGAAUAUAUCUCUCUCAAGAUUCUCCAUCUUAGCAGACGCUUUUCACGAAUCCAAAAUACACGUGAUCAAAACAAGCUUCAAGAUGGUUGAUGUCCCCACAACCAAUGGAGCCUCUGCAAAGCCAACAAUCGUCCUAAUCCACGGCCUCUGGAUGUCUCCAUCUUGCUGGGAAGAAUGGAUCUCCUUCUUCGCCAGCAAAGGCUACACAGCCAUAGCCCCUGGUUGGCCCGGACUCGACGGCCGUACAGUCGAAGACAUCCGCGCGCACCCAGAAGCACUUCAAGGUGUCACCAUUGGCGCCAUAAUCAACAACUACAUUAAAAUCAUUGAAACUCUACCAUCCCCUCCGAUCCUCAUGGGCCAUUCCUUUGGAGGCCUCUUCGUUCAAAUUCUUCUCUCGAAAGGAUUCGGUAUCGCGGGCGUAGGCAUAAGUCCAGCCCAACCAUCUGGUGUUUUAACGCUGAAACUCACCACCGUGAAGGCCGGAUUCGGAGUCCUGGGUAAUCCGUUGAAUUACAACAAAGCGGUCAAGAUCACGGAGUCGCAGUUCCAUUACAAUUUCGGAAACCACCUCAACGCGGUCGACUCCAAGGUUUUAUGGGAGAAAUAUUCCAUACCAGCAGCUGGGCAUAUCCUGUUCCAGGGUGUGCUAGGACUCUUGAGUGCAAAGAGUGAAGGGAGCGUGGAUUUUGGGAAGAAGAAUAGAGCGCCGCUUUUGCUGAUUGCGGGAACGAAUGAUCACGUCGUUCCUAGGCAGGUGGUUGAGGCGGAGAGGAAGCAUUAUGUUGGGCCAGCGGUUGUGGAGCUGAAGGUGUUUGAGGGGAGGACGCAUGGGAUUGUUAAUCAGAAGGGUUGGGAAGAAGUUGCGGAUGAUGCUUUGAAGUGGGUAGAGGAGAAGACAAAGGUUUGAGG